GAAGAGGGAAGGGUUUCUUAAGACAACUCUGUCAGUGAUGAAUAGAUGAAUGAAUUCUUACGUGUUCAGAACUUGCAACAUGUGUCCCCGACCCCUCAGCACCUAAGAGAGGCAAGAUCUCAGCAAGGAGCUCAAGAACGCGCCGUGCCUGCUGCGUGUGAGGAGGAGAGCAGCAUACCUCAGAGAUAGCAGAAACAAAAGAGGGUGCGAUGGUAUCUCUGACAUUGGCUUUGUUGUACAAAGGAGCAGAGGAAUUCAGAAUUGGGAAAACUAAAUUUUAUAUUGUUUCAUUGUGAUUUUUUUUUCCUCAUUUUAAGUAUCUCCGUUCCCUCUCUGUCCAUGGAAUGAGUUUUUUAGCUGUGUGAGUGUGCAGGGUUUUUUUUGUUGUUGUUGUUUUUUUUUUAAGGAAGUGUGACCUGGAUUUUGUGAGCUUAUUAUGAUCGGUAACUGAAGGCAGCUGUUGUAGUUUGCUGAUCCCUUAUGUAGCUGAAGUACAUGGAAAGAAAACAAAAAUAAGCAUGUGGGGGAUCUGAAUUAAAUUCCACUCUUUGGCCUUAUGUGGAGCUGUGGAUUAUUAUACAUUUCUGGACAGUUGUGUAUGUGAAGGGAAAGAGACAUCCAACCUUGGAAAGACUUAGGGAAGUCAAACAGAUUUUUUUCCAACGCGACCUGCUAAAUCUGUCACAAAAGGGGCAGGCAAAAUGACAUACAAAUAGUCAGAGACCCUGGCUGCAGUUCUUCAUGACAGGCGAGUGAAAGACCACAUCCUAUUUUUAGAGAGUGGAUGGAGGAGGGGCGGAGAGGGAAGAAAAAGUUUGAAAAUAAUGGACUUCUUUAACAGUUAGGGAGCAAAACUGGCCAGCAGCAAGGGAGGCAGCGCCGUGGGGAUAUGGAUGACUCAAGUAUUCUGCGGAGGAGAGGGCUGCAGAAGGAGCUCAGUCUCCCCCGAAGAGGAAGCUUAAUCUCCUCUUCUUUGUACUCCCACUGCCGAGGAAGUGAUGUUCAUCAGCACACGUUCUCUCCUACAUCUGCUCCAGGUCUGCAGCACCUUAAAUUCCCAUUUAGUGCUGACUGUGCACUUGUCACUUCUCCUCUUGUAUUUUACCUGAACUCACAAGCCCAGAGCAAUCCGUCUAGCCCAUGCUACAGCCAUCCAUUUCAGUGGAGCUGUCGGACAAGCAACAGAAAGAGUUUGAUUGUAACGUCCAGCACAUCCCCGACUCUCCCGCGGCCGCAUUCCCCCCUCCAUGGACAUGCAGGUGGCAGCCCUUUGGACAGCCCUAGAAACUUCUCUCCAAAUGCUCCUGCUCAUUUUUCCUUUGUUCCUGCCCGAAGCCAUGGACACAGAGCGGACAGAACGGAUGGACGCCGCUGGUCCUUGGCCUCCCUUCCCUCAUCAGGAUAUGGAACAAACACUCCCAGUUCAACAGUUUCAUCAUCAUGCUCAUCUCAGGAGAAGCUGCACCAGCUGCCCUUUCAGCCCACGGCAGAUGAACUUCAUUUCCUGACAAAGCAUUUCAGUACUGAGAGCAUCACUGAUGAGGAAGGGCGUCACUCUCCAGCCCUGCGGCCUCGAUCACGCAGUCUCAGCCCGGGUCGCUCGCCAAUUUCCUUUGACAGUGAAAUAAUAAUGAUGAACCAUGUGUACAAAGAAAGGUUUCCGAAGGCCACAGCGCAGAUGGAAGAGCGGCUGGCGGAGUUUAUUGCCUCCAAUGCUCCAGAGAACGUGCUGCAAUUAGCAGAUGGGGUCCUAAGUUUCAUCCACCACCAAGUUAUCGAACUGGCCAGAGACUGCCUAGAUAAGUCACGUGAAGGUCUCAUCACUUCUCGCUAUUUCUAUGAGCUGCAGGAAAACUUGGAGAAACUUCUCCAGGAUGCCCACGAGCGAUCCGAGAGCUCCGAGGUUGCCUUUGUUACCCAACUGGUAAAGAAGCUGAUGAUCAUCAUAGCGCGACCAGCUCGGCUGCUGGAGUGCCUGGUGAGUCUGGGCCUUGGGAGAGCAAGACUCCUACUUAAGAACGUUAUGCUGGCCGUACUCGGUCACAUUAUAGAGCCCGCUAACCUGCCUUUCUGA